AUGCCGCUCGUCGCAGGGAGACGGCGCAAAGUUCGAUUCCCAGCUGCCAGCACCAACACCGCGCCCACCAAAAUAUCCUCCUCGUCAACCACGAAGCGUUCAGGCAAGACCACUUCCUCACCAACCUCCUCUGUGCCCGCAAAAGGAAAGAAGAUGACGACUCAAGAGCCCCAAGAGCCCCAAGAGCCUCGACCCCGGCCAGGGAUCCCGGCCGUGUUCACGCAACCGCCACCUAUCCGCGACCCGCUCGUGACGGAGACCACCGAUCUGCAGGACGCAACCCUCGCCAAGUGUUUGGCUUUUCUGAAAGGCAUUCAUCCGAGCCAGAAAGGCGCUUUCAAUGCAUGCGGAGUGCCUGCGCUCCAGCGUGACGAUCAUGUCGCCUAUCUCUACGAUUCCCUGGAAGACUAUCCCACUGGCUUCGUCGCCAUGGAUGCGAGCCGGCCAUGGAUGGUCUACUGGGCCCUAGCUGGAUUAACGCUUUUGGGCGAGGAUCCAACACGCUUCCGUGAACGCGUAAUUACCACCCUGCGUCCCAUGCAGAAUCCCAGUGGAGGCUUCGGUGGCGGACACGGCCAAACAUCGCACCUUGCCGGAAGCUAUGCAACCGUCCUGUCGCUUGCACUCAUUGGGGGUGAGGAUGCCUUUGCAUUGGUUGAUCGCCACGCAAUGUGGCGAUGGUUGGGCCGCUUGAAGCAAGCAGACGGAGGUUUUAGCGUGACUGAAAACGGAGAAGAGGAUGUCCGCGGUGCUUACUGCGCGGCGACCAUCAUUUCAUUGCUUGAUCUGCCCCUCGCCCUGCCACCUGAUGCCGAAAAAGCCCGGCAGGCAGGCUUUCAGACCCUCACAGAUGGUCUGGCAGAAUAUCUUUCCAGAUGUCAAACCUUUGAGGGUGGCAUAUCUGGCAGCCCAGGUGUCGAGGCACACGGCGCCUAUGCCUUCUGUGCGUUGGCUUGUCUGUCGAUUUUGGGACCGCCAGAAGAGACGAUUCCCCGACACAUGAAUGUACCCCUGCUGCUGUCAUGGCUAUCUGCUCGACAGUACGCCCCCGAAGGCGGGUUCUCGGGGCGCACCAAUAAAUUGGUCGAUGGCUGCUAUAGUCACUGGGUCGGCGGGUGUUGGCCACUGCUACAAUCUGCCUUGGAUGGAAAGCCACAGUCGGCGGGUGCUCCCCAGACCACGGUGGGUGAUCUGUUUAGUCGCGAAGGCCUCGACCGCUACAUUCUCGCCUGUUGCCAAAACGCCAAUGGCGGCCUCCGUGACAAGCCUGGCAAGCACCCGGAUUCCUAUCAUACCUGCUACGUGCUUGCGGGCUUAAGCGCAACACAACAUCACCACUAUCGCACGGACUCUAGCGCGGUUGCCAGUGAGGCCUUCGCAUCCGCCUUUUCGUGGAAAUCCACGCCUAAUCGGGCCAAGGAUAUCGUGUACGAGAGGAGCGAUCGGUUGGCUGCCUUUCACCCAAUUUAUGUGAUUCCCCACCAGUCCGCCGAGACUAUGCGGCUCUGGUACGAAGCCCGGCCCUUUGCGAGCUAG